CAUAUUUCCAAACGACGUAAAUAUACCAGUCGAAAAUCAAUUGAGCGACUGAUGGACCUAUGAAGAUGUCAGCCGCUGUGGAAGAUAGGCCGGAGCCGGUGGACAACAGGGAACUGCCAGCAGAAGAUGCCGAAAAGGAUACUGAGGAUGGGCAGAAUGACGUAAGGGACAAGCCUGCCGAGGCAUCGAAGUCCAAAGACGCAAAGGCCGAAAACGAUGGGACAAAAGAUGAGGAGGAACCCAAACCGUCUAAACUCAAGAGGAUAUGGGCAAAGAUAGAUCUCGAUAUAGGGACUCUGAUGAUGAUGUUCAAAGGAUCUCUCGCUCCCAUCAUAGCAGUCGCCUGGUAUGAAUCCCUCGACAUCGCAAGGAUAUUCACCACUUUAGGCUACCUCGUCCCUGUUAUCACUGUACUCUCGAUUUCUAUUAUGCCUCGCGCUAAGUACAUACAAACGUUAAUUCUCAACACCAUUGGCAUUUGCCUUGGAAGCGCUGUGGCGUUGUUGGGUAUUUGGAGUGGAGUACAGGCUAGGGUGCAUACAACCCCACCUGGCUCUACAGCUAGAUACAACUCAAGUCAGGCAGCCGUUUGUGCCAUAUGGCUAUUUGCGAACAUCUACCUUGUGAACGCUUUGCGGGCGAAGAUACCGGCUUUGCAGUUUCCGGCUAUUAUGUACAGUAUUUUCACAAAUGUGGCAUUCACGUUCGGACCCAAUCUUCAGACGAUAGAACAGGGCGAGGCUCUCAUACGACAACUUCUGAUAGCGUUCUUAGCCGCCUUUGCUAUUUCAACGGGCGUUUCUCUGUUCAUCAUUCCGGUAUCUUCUCGGGCAGUAGUGCAAAAGGGACAGGCAGCAUAUGUCCAGGCGAUCAGAGGCGUUCUGAAGGCACAAACGGCCUACAUACAGAGCUUGGAAAGUAGCGAUAUGUUUGCUACAACAGAGACUGCGACAGAUCCGAAAACUGAUGACAGAAAGAAAGGGAAAAAUCAAGACAAAUCUAAAUCUAGUCCCGCGGAGACAACCCAAGCCAGGGAUUUGAAAGGUGCUAUCGGAGCACUAACCGGUUUGCAUGGGAAAUUGUACGGCGACAUGCCAUUUGCGAAGAGAGAGUAUGCGUGGGGAAAAUUAGAUGCCAAGGAUUUGGAUGAGAUAUUCACAUUAUUUCGUGGUAUCUUAAUUCCUCUCAUAGGUAUGAGCACUAUCACAGAUAUAUUCGAACGGAUUGCCGAGAGGCGUGGAUGGGUUGAACCUCAUGAAAACAGUUUCGAUCGCGCUGAGUCCUGGGAACAUCUUGACGAAGCGUCUAAGUCGGAAGAGAAGAAAGUCUGGAACGAAGUCAUGAAAGCCUUACACGAGCCAUUUGCUAUAGCCGUAGCAGCCAUGGAUGAGGGAAUGGAGCAUGCUGGUCUUGUUUUAGAGAUUCUGCCCAAGCCGAAGAAGAAGAAGGAAGGUGAUGUAGAGGAGAACGGCACCGAUCCAAGGCCUGGUGAUUUGGAGUUCACUAGCUUCCUAAAUCAGAAGGUAGUAGACUUUCACAGUAAGCGAGGAGAAACUUUAAAGGCAUGGGCGCGACAGAAGGGCUUGUCUGAAGACGAAUUUGACAACGCAAAGAGCGCCCCCGGCGACAGCAAUAAUCUCACCCCGGAUGAGGCCCAACACCGCCGAGACCAACAACAGCUAUAUCUGAUGCUAUAUAUGGAACACCUGCUCUACUCCACCGGUAUAGCAAUAUUAAAUUUCGUUAAGUUUGCAGACAAGAAGGUCGAAGAUGGCGCAAUGAAAAAGAAUCGACUGAUCGUCCCAGGUCGACGUCGACUUAAGAAAUGGAUCAUGGGACUGGGCCACGAAGACGCGACCGUCGACGCUGACUAUCCGGAUUCAACUGAAUCUGGCAUGAGCAACAUAUAUAUGGGCUCUGGUUUCAACAAACGUAAGGACCCUGAACAUCUUCCGCCACAGACUGCCUGGCAGCAUUUUGGCAAUGCGCUUCGGACAAUUCCUAGGUUUUUGGGGUCACCAGAGUCUGCAUUUGGAUUCCGUGUAGCCUGUGCUACUUUAACUGUGGGUAUCGUCGCUUUCUUAAAGGAUACGCAACUCUUCUUUAUCAAGCAACGUUUAGUGUGGGCUAUGAUUAUUAUUGCCAUCGGUAUGAACAUGACUUCCGGCCAAGCGAUUUUUGGCUUUUUGGGACGAAUCGCAGGGACUUUUAUCGCGGCUAUCUCUUCACUUGUCAUCUGGUAUAUUGUUGGCGAAAAAACGCCCGGAGUACUCGUCUUCCUUUGGUUAUUCAUAUUCCUCGAGAUGUAUUUUUUCUUGAAAUUCCCUCGCUUCGUUCCAAUCUGGCUAGUUGCCAUUGUAACACAGGUUUUGAUAAUUGGAUAUGAGCUUCAAGUCAAGAAGAUUGGUAUUAAAGCGGCAUCUGCAAGUGGCCAGACUUACUAUCCCACCUACCAACUCGCCUUUUAUCGGUUAGCUUGUGUAGCAGGAGGAUCUUUCGUGGCGUUUAUUUGGACAAUUUUUCCGUACCAACUCACGGACCGCAGUUUGCUUCGAAAGGAUCUCGGCUCCAUGCUUUACCUGCUCGCAAAUUACUACAGCGUUGUUAAUUCAACGACUAGAGUCCGACUAAACAAUACGGAAGGAGACAUGAGAUCGAAGACGUCUCCUCAUCGACAGUUACAGAAAGCUCGCCACAAGAUUUUUGGCAAGCUCAUGAUGAUUUUGCCUUCUUUAAAACAGCAUGCAGAGUGGCAGAAGUGGGAGCCGGCGGUGGGAGGUAAAUUUCCUAGGGAGACAUACGAAGCCAUUAUCCUCAGGUCUACAAACAUCAUGAACUACCUCUCUCUUAUUUCCUAUGCGACUCAAACCUGGUCGAGGGAGGAAGGCUCCAUACCUACCAAACCGGAAACCGCUACACAAAGGGCUUGGCUCAAUGAUCUAAGUGUCCUGAUCGAGGACGUGGGUCCAACUAGCCACCAAAUCACAUCAACGCUUUCCCUCCUCUCUGCAUCCAUCAUACAAGGCUCCACCCUGCCCCCUUACAUCCAACUACCACCACCUUACUACUUGAACAGGCGCUUGGAGGCCCUAGAUACCGGUAUUUUGAGUAUGCGACAUAUAGAAGAGCCCGGUUAUAGUGCAUAUGCUUGCCUUCAAGUCGCGAGUAGUUUGAUUACGGAUGACCUAGCAAGGCUGAUUGAGCAUGUGAAAGAUUUAGUCGGCGAGACAGAUUUUUCGUUCACGGUUUCAGUGUCAGAUACUAGUGUUAAUAAUACGGCUUCGGAGGGGAGUUCUUCAAAGGGAAAGAAGGAUUGAGUGGACUUUAUAUACUUUGUAAUAAGAAUAAAUAAAUAUAACCAAAUAG